AUGUCCCAGCCACCAUACACUAUCGUGCUCGCCUGUGACGAGGCUGGUCACGACUACAAAAUCGCCCUCAAAUCCCUGCUCGAGUCCGACAAGCGUGUCAAGGGCCUUAUUGACGUCGGGGUCAACAAGACUGAAGACGGCAAACCGGAGAAGACGGCGUACCCCCAUGUGGCGGUGGAUGCGGCGAGGAAGAUUGUGAAGGGGGAGGCUGACAGGGGUCUGCUAAUUUGCGGGACAGGCAUGGGCGUAGCCAUCUCUGCCAACAAAGUUCCCGGCAUCCGCGCAUCCACCGCUCACGACUCGUUCUCUGUCGAGCGCCUCAUCAAAUCAAAUAACGCCCAGAUUCUCUGUCUAGGACAAAGGGUCAUUGGCUUUGAGCUAGCCAAGAAGCUUGUGCAAGAGUGGCUGGGGCAUGUCUUUGACCCAGAGUCGGCGAGUAACGAGAAGGUGCAAAUCAUCCAUGAUUACGAUGGGUACGAAUACGAGGCCGUGCCCGGGGGCUGCAGCUAG